AGUCUUCUAUUUUUAACCUUAACAUUCGCCAUUUAUUUAUUCUCUUCUCCCGCAUUCCCACCCCCGUGCUGGCUCAGAAGAAAAAAAAAAUCAGGAAAGGAACAAUCUUUCCACAUCAGAAAUGGGCAUACGACGGAAAAUAAAAAACCUAGGGGGCUGCGUCAAGCGAUUCUUUCUCUAAGGUUGAAGAAAGAGAAAAGUGAAUCUGCGGCGGUGGAUUAGCACAGACCGCGGUGCCCUGCCUGUCAGCUGAUCGGUUCUGAAAGAUGAGCUGAAGGAACCUGCCCACUGGCGGCUCAGAUAGUGGAGAAAGCAGGGCAACCUAGAUGACAGCUACUCCAGUACCAGAUAAGAUGAAAGCAAACCAAGAGAAAUUCUGUGGCCAAGAAAGAGAAUUUGUGUAUAAAUUCAAUGUAGGAAGCCAGUGCUUUGAACUUACGGUGCCUCUGAAAUUUCCUAUUCAAGAGAACCCAACUAACUUGCAUGGACGUCUGAUGCUUCUCCACAAUUUACCUUGCUUCAUAGAAAGUGACUUAAAAGAGUCUCUGAGCCAGUUUAUAGAGGAAGAAUCUCUAAGAGAUUAUGAUAGAGAAGCUGAGGCUGCACUGGAAGCUUUGAAAUCUGGUGAAAUUGAUGUGCACCAGCUGACAAGUGCAUGGGCAAAAACAUAUGCUGAGACCACAUUAGAGCAUGCAAGACCUGAAGAGCCAAGCUGGGAUGAAGAUUUUGCAGAUGUCUACCAUGACCUAAUCCAUUCCCCUGCCUCUGAAACUCUCUUAAAUUUGGAGCACAAUUACUUUGUUAGUAUCUCAGAACUUAUUGGGGAAAGAGAUGUGGAGCUAAAAAAAUUACGAGAAAGGCAAGGUGCAGAAAUGGAUAAAGUAAUGCAGGAACUGGGUAAGUCGUUAACAGAUCAGGAUGUGAAUUCAUUGGCUGCUCAACACUUUGAAUCCCAACAGGUCUUAGAGAACAAAUGGACCAGUGAGCUAAAACAGUCGACUGCUAUCCAAAAACAGGAAUAUCAGGAAUGGGUAAUAAAACUUCACCAAGACCUAAAAAAUCCAAACAACAAAUCCAUCAGUGAAGAAAUUAAAGUUCAGCCCAGUCAGUUCAGAGAAUCCGUAGAAGCAAAUGGGAGAAUUUAUGAAGAUCAGAGGAAAUUAGAAGAAAGCUUUACCAUUCACUUAGGAGCCCAGCUGAAGACCAUGCAUAAUUUGAGAUUGCUGAGAGCAGACGUGUUAGAUUUCUGUAAACACAAACGAAAUCAUCGUAGUGGCGUAAAACUCCAUCGGCUGCAGACGGCACUCUCACUCUAUUCAGCAUCUCUCUGUGGCCUCGUUUUAUUGGUGGAUAAUCGUAUCAAUUCAUACAGCGGUAUUAAAAGAGAUUUUGCCACAGUUUGUCAAGAAUGCACUGACUUCCAUUUUCCUCGCAUUGAAGAGCAGCUGGAAAUUGUCCAGCAGGUGGUACUUUAUGCCCGAACCCAACGCAGGAGUAAAUUGAAAGAACCAAAUGAUUCAGGAAACCGGAAUGGAGGAAGUGAUGAUAAGGCUAAGAAUAUUGAACGAAACUAUUCAAAUAUUUUGCCUGGAGAAUUUUAUAUUACCCGGCAUUCCAAUCUCUCUGAAAUCCAUGUGGCUUUCCAUCUCUGUGUGGAUGACAACGUGAGAUCUGGUAACAUCACAGCUCGUGAUCCUGCCAUAAUGGGCCUCCGAAAUAUUCUAAAAGUUUGCUGUACUCAUGACAUCACAACGAUUAGUAUUCCUCUCUUGCUGGUGCAUGAUAUGUCAGAGGAAAUGACUAUACCGUGGUGCUUAAGGAGAGCAGAACUUGUGUUUAAAUGUGUAAAAGGUUUCAUGAUGGAAAUGGCUUCAUGGGAUGGAGGGAUUUCUAGGACUGUACAGUUUCUGGUACCACAGAGUAUUUCUGAAGAAAUGUUCUACCAGUUGAGUAACAUGCUCCCGCAAAUCUUCCGAGUGUCAUCCACACUCACAUUGACAUCUAAGCAUUAAACUCUUCUUGGCCAGCAAGUUAUGAAAGUGGAUUAUUUAAACGUUCCGUGAUUGAGGCAACCCUGGGACUAUCUCAAGGCUUAGGUGAUGAGAGUGUAAAUGCACUGUCAUAAGUCAUAUUGUAUGUUAAGCUUGCCAAAUGGUCAUUUGCUGCAUGAAGCAGUGUUCAGUCUUUAAUUCGUACAUUGACAUUUAAAUCAGUCAUUAUAUGUGGACUAAAUGUAUACUCCACAUUUUGCUUUCAUCAGUUGAAAAGUCUUAUUUGUUACACAUGUACCCUUCCAGCAGGAAACUAGCUACAUCUUUUUUUUUUUGGUGGGGGUGGGGGGAGAGAGAAGGUAUAAUGUUUUGUUACUUUGGAAAGAUCUAAGUUAUAUCAGAUGUUAAUUAGAUCUUUCCGUCUUGGUAAAAUAAUGAAGUAUUUAAAUAUCAGUCAUGUCCAAGGCUUAACUGAAAAUGAAAUACCCCUUAUACAGUACUUAGCAAGUAAAAAUGAAAAUAAACAAAUAUAAGCAGCAAAGAGAGGCUGUGUGAAAAUUCUUAGUAGAAAUGAUAAUCUGCUAUUUCAGUCUAUCAGCAGACAUUUAUUUGUAAUCACCUACUGUGUGUAGACACUCUACUAAGAGAUCCAGCUUCAAAAACGCAAGUGAAAUGGUCCCUUCCCUCGAGGCAGUCACAUCCUUAUAGGGGAGAUAACAUGUACAUAUGUCAGUAUAUGCAAAAAACAUAUCAAGUAGGUACAAAGUAACCUUAAAAGAAAAGGGAACAGUACUUGAGGUGACUGGGAACCUCUUGCAGACCUGCAGCACAUGAGCUAAAUCUUGAAGGAAACCUGGGCAUAGAAGUGAGCCGGGAGAGCAUUCCAGGCAUGGUGCAUGGCCACUGCAAAGUAAGAUAUGGAAGGUGGAGCAUCAUGUCUGAACAACAGCAAGUGAGUUAUGAUGGCUGGAUGUAGGGAAGUAAUGUGUGUUGAGGGCAGAAAAGCAGAAAGGGAUCAAGUGGAGAAGAACUCAGAAUGCUAGACCAAGGAGUUUCCAUUAGAUCUUCUAGAUGAGAGGGAGCCCCUGAAGUUAUGGGAGUUUUCUUGGGGUAGUGGGUGACAUGGCCAACCUGAGGCUGAAGGAAAAGUACUUUUGUGGCUGUGUGGAAGGUGGAUUAGAGUGUGAAAAGACUUGAGGCAAGGGGACCAAUUGUUUUUUAAAUUUUAAACAACAACAUGAAAUAAAAUGAACAUUUCCAUGUUCAAAGUAGAUCUUAGAAAAAAAGGAUUAUUUGUGAAACUGUAAACCCUUCAUGUACAACUUUCUUUUCCUUUUAUGUAUAUAAUAAACAUGUAACUUUCAAAGCUGU